AUGUCUUACAUUGGGGACCUGUGCCUCCCGUUCGGCAACCAGUGUGAGCUGUCCUGCAGCCAGCCCUACACCAAUGCCUGCAACGAGCUGUGCGUCACAUCCUGCAACGACUCCAGAGCCGUCAUUUACCCACCACCCGUCUUCCUGACCAUGCCGGGACCCGUUCUCAGCUCUUGCCCUCAAAACAGCUUAGUGACCUGCGGUGUACCUAAUGGUAUUUGUAACACACUUGAUUACAGGGGCUCUGAAAAUGGUGUUGGUCUGAGGGGCUCCCUUAUCUAUGGGGGUUCAAAUGGUCUGGGCAAUGGCUGCAAUUACACCAGGUCUUGCAGUACCGGAUUCCCAUUGCAGGGGAGGGUGAAUUAUACCUCCCAGCGCCGGUACAGCCGCGGAAACUGUGGGCCAUGCUAA